GCGGGACUGUUUGCGGGAGAGAUAUCACACAGCACCGUCACUACCAUGCAUUUACAACUACAACAUCCGGUCUGUGCUUUCAAAAUAAAACACGUACAAAUCAAAUCAACUGUUUAACCCGUGUAGAGAAGCUUUGGAUGACCACACAGACCGUGUUCACUGUCGUAAGUUACAUAUAAUUUACCGUGUGUCCAUUCAGACAGUCCGCAUUGCCGUCUUUUGGUCUGUUUAAGUCCUCAUCGAGAUUUAUCCUUUUUAUUUUGGAGCUGUACCCGCGGUAACUUCCGGUCUGUUCGGUGCUAGCUGCCGUUAGCUCGACGCAGCUAACUGCUGUAAUCUCCAUUUUAGCUCCUGAGAGCAGCCGGCCUCUCCCUUCUCUCUGCUGUAACACGGGCGAUGGCGAGGCCGAGCCACAGCGAUCAUGUCCUCCAGCAGCUCAACAACCAGCGGGAGUGGGGCUUCUUGUGCGACUGCCUCAUCGCCAUCGGUGACAUCUACUUCAGGGCGCACAAGGCCGUCUUGGCGGCCUGCAGCUCCUAUUUCAGGAUGAUGUUCAUCCGGGACCAGCAGGGAGCGGGGCGUCUGGACCUCAGCAACAUGCAGAUCAGCGCCGAGUGCUUCGACCUCAUCCUACAGCUUAUGUACCUCGGACGCAUCGUGGUGGGGAGCUACGAGUUUGAGGAGCUCAAGGCUUCCAUGGCGUAUCUGCAGAUGUACUACAUCCCUGACUCGCUGGAGGAUCUCAGAGACAUCAGGAGCUCCAACCUCACACCAUCAUCCUCAGCCUCUUCCUCCUCCAGUUCCUCCACCGGCCCUGCCGGCGGGAAAAUGAUGUUUGGAGUCCGCAUGUACGAGCAGCAGAGACCUGCUGCGCCUGACGUGGAGCAUUUACCAAAAGCUGUCAACAGCAGCGCCGGGCGCCCCGCUGUUACAGCGACCGUCAGCAGACCGGUGAUGGCAGAGGAGGUGGUUGCCACGCCUCUGAUAGUGGCGCCGCCGGUGGUGGAUGGUGUUGCUGAUCAGCCAUGUGACUUGAGAAAGAGGCCCAGCGGCAGGAGUUCGGCUCUCAAAGACCGUCCUCGGUUCGGCCGCACCUACACCUGUGAUGACUGCGGCUUCGUCUUCAGCUGUGAGAAACUUCUAAUCGAACACAUACUGACCUGCACCAACCGAAAGGCCUUCCAUCAGCCCAGAGGGACCAUCGAAGCCGACAACGAGUCCAGUAAAGCUGAGAGCUCCACCUCCGAGAGCAUCGAGGAGCACAGGGUCGUCUGUAAAGGUGAGGAGGACUGGGCCGAAGCCAAGGCCGACUCUGACCUCACCAUUAGGUCUGUGGCAGCUGGGACAGACGGCGAGCCCGGGUCGACCAGGAGUGUCUCCAUCAAGACAGAGCCAGAAGAAAGCAUGUUCCCUGAGAUAGAGGUGGUCCGUGUCGGUGAGCACGUCAGUAGAGACUGUAGAGCGCGUUUCAGUGACGCCACACGGAAAGACUCGCAGACGGAGAAAACUGGAUCAGAACGUGAACCGGAGCCUGGCGUCUCAGGUCUGGAAAACAGUAGCGAGCCUUUUGAAGGUCACAUGUCCAGCAGUGACGAUUCACGAAUCCCGGCAAAGCUUCGUAAGGUCAAAGACGAGAAGCAGGAUGCCGACUGCACCCCCUGUGAACUGUGUGGCGCUCUGUUAACGGAGGAGGACAAGUCGUCCCACUACCUGUCCAACCACAUGGGUCAUAUAUGUGCCUGUGGGAGGUGUGGACAGGUGCUGAUCAAAGGCCGCCAACUCCAGGAGCACGCAGAGCGCUGUGGCGAAUCUCAAGGUGGUGAAUCGGAGGAGGACGAAGCGUCCCUGCUGGAGGAGCAGCAGGGGAUGGAGGAGGGCCUGCUGGAGGCGGGCGACCUGGCCUGCCCUCACUGCGGUCUGCUGUUCCAGAACGAGAGCCUGGCACUGGAGCACGCCCUGUCCUGCCACGACCAGGAGCUGUUCCGCCCGGUGCUGCUGGAGGAGGGCGGCGAACCGGAUCACCGCCGCAAACACUUCUGCAGCAUCUGCGGCAAAGGCUUCUAUCAGCGCUGCCACCUGCGGGAGCACUACACCGUCCACACCAAGGAGAAGCAGUUCACCUGUCAGACCUGCGGGAAGCAGUUCCUGCGGGAGCGCCAGCUCAGGCUGCACACCGACAUGCACAAAGGCAUGGCACGCUACGUGUGCCCCGUCUGCGACCAGGGAACCUUCCUCAAACACGACCAUGUCCGACACAUGAUCUCCCACCUGUCGGCCGGGGAAACCAUCUGCCAGGUGUGUUUCCAGAUCUUUCCCGGCGGAGAACAGCUGGAGAAACACAUGGACGUCCACCUGUACAUCUGCGGCGUCUGCGGAGAGAAGUUCCGCCUCCGUAAAGACAUGAGGAGCCAUUAUAACUCCAAACACACCAAGAGACUAUAGAACCCUCCAGAACGUCCUCUGCAUUUAUACCAUAGUUUGUUACUAAGAAAAGCCAUAAAUGUGAGAACAAAUGUAUGCACUUGAACACCAAAAAAACUUUUAAUCUGCACUUUUAAAGUAUAUGCAUAACCUAACGGGGCGUUCACACUGCGAGCAGCGUGGCUGAUGAUGUUCUGACGCUCAUGGCGACUGUGCAGCAGCUUCUUAACUCGUUAACGUUGAUCACAGUGUGACAAUCAGGAUUUUAUGAUAAAAGUCAGAAUCAGCUUGUGUUGUUGAAACAGUCAGGAUCAAGUUCAGAAGCUGUUGACUCUCAGAUGAGCAGCUACAGAGCUGACCACGUUUAUGAUUAUCCAUAUUUAUAACAGAGCUGAGGUCUUAUGUUCAGGAUGAUGCGUCACAGAGUCUGAAGAGAUUCUUUGAGCUGUCUAAAAACCCAAAGAAAUCAAACUUGUUCUCAUCAAAAGAGUCAGAACCAGUGACCAAACAGUUAAUGUCGAGUCAACAGGAAGUGUCGGCACAAGAAUGUACCAAAGUGAAGACACAGAUGGACGAGUCAGAUGAACUCUGGAUUUAAGACACUUUGAGACUUUAAUGAUUUCUUUCUGUUGGUGUUUCUGAACUCGUCUCCGCAGGUCGAUGACAGAACUCCCACCAUGUUUGUUUCAUGACGGCGUUGCUCACAGUGUGAACGCUGCUCAGAUCGGCAGCAAACUCCAAAAGAAUCCAAACUUGACGCCUCCUCAGGAAACAAUCCUGUAAAAAUAUAUUACAGCUACUUUUAAUACUGUACCAUGAGGCCUUGUGUCCACCGAAGGGUUUUUUUUUAUCAGCCGAAUACGCCGGGCGCUCCUCAGGAAACAGCUGGGGGCGCCGGAGCUCUUUGGAGGUGUCUCUGCAGCUGAGACACUUUGGUUGCGUCUGGUUGCUAUGAAUCAGAAACAGGGUUCCCACGGUCAUGGAAAACCUGGAAAAGUCAUGAAAUAUCACAAUCACAUUUUCCAGGUCUGAAAUUAGUCAAAAUCAGUGAAAGUUUUGAAAAAGGAAUGGAAUUUUGUUGUUUGUAAUGAAGCUGUCAGAUUAUAGAGAUGUGACAUAACGGCAAGCUUAUUUUCUGUAGCUGUCGACGUGACAUCAUUUCGUUGACUGUGUUAAUUCUCUCCCAGGGUCCGUCGCUCUCUUCCUGUACGCCAGCUUGCUGAAAUCAUGUUUGAACAGAGUCUGAAUCUGAUGUUUGAAAAUGCAGAGCACGAAAACAAAGAUCUUUAUCAAGGGUCCUUAAAGUCCUGGAGAAGUUUUGAAAUGUUGUCCAUGACAGUGUGGGAGCCCUGGGAAUGUUGACAGGAAGUAAACGUGUCGGCAGAAGGUAGAAUCCUCGCUCUGGAUGAGAGGAUGGAGACGCUGCUCUGUGAACGUUCAUGGCAGGAAACAUUAACACAGUAAACCAGGGAUGCACCUGUGCGGAUGUUUUCAACCGAUAAUUUGACAUUUUUUUUAUUUUACCAAGAAGCGUGUAACCGUCGGCACAGUGUUGUCUUCCUCUGGAGCUGUGACAGACGUCCUCACUGUGACAUGUUUCACCCUCCAGACAGCGUGACGCAGUUGUUCUUCUCUGUGUUUAUUGGCGACUCAAAAACCAAAUUUUAAGGUACAUGUAGCUCUGCCCACUGUGUCGCUGUGUAGAUGCUGCCUGUGUUAAGUCAGUGAAAACAGUCUGGCUUCGUUUUAUCAGCUGUAAUUUUAAUAAUUGGAGAAAUGCAUAAUUAUAAAGACGUCCUAUCUUUAGCUGAUAAACCUGGUGCAUCCCUAAUAUGAGCAGAUUUCUCCUCCACUGUCGUUCAGCACGUCAGAUGUGACGGUUUGUCUUCAUGGUCGUUGUCGCUCCUCCACUGUGAUUGGAUAGCUGGGUAAAAGUGACAGUGACGAGUGCUGUGUUUUUACCCUGAGUUGAAUAUUUGUCAGCUCUCAGUGCUCAAAACAAACGGACAGUGUUCAGCGCCUCGUCACACUGCUGGCGUUUGUAGCACACCGUAAACACGAGGCACUCCCAUCACAGAGAAUUUAAAGAUAUGCUGGUCUCAGGAAAAAACUCUUUGGUGGACAGGGCCGUCACGGGUGUGUAGAGCGGCGGCGUGUCUGUGAUCAGGGACACAAGUCGUACCUGAGAAGACGGCAAGUUGUUUUGGAGUGAACUGUCGGAGAGUCAGAGUGCGGCGGAGCCUCAAGCUUUGACUCAACGUUUUCUAGCUUCGAUGUCCAGAAUACUAACGUCACGCCGAGUUCCUUGUGCUGUAGUCAGAGAGCACGCUCAGUGGAAAACGGUUCUGCUUCCUGUUUGUUUGAUGAGUUUGAGACACGCUGAUUCAGACUGUCCUCUCGUCUCCUUCAGUUUUUGUUCAGCUUAACUGUCACGAUAACACGCUGUCCAACAUGCUCUGUGAUUGGUGCCUUUACUGUAAUGGUGCACACAAGUUCUUCACAGUGAUGCAUGCUGGGGGACGGACGGCACGGUGAGACUGUCCCUGUUUCAAAGUGAAUAUUUAAACUUGAGAUUGUGGAAAGUUGAACAGUAAACACUAGAGACGCUCGGCUGAGUGGAGCCGACGUGUCGACUGGGUGGAGCUGAUUCUGAUCCAGCCUGCGGUGCUUCCUGCGAGUCGAUGGGACUCGGGAUGGAACGAGUAGUUUUGAACGCAGCGGUCAGACUCAGCUGUGGACCCUUCACAGGAAGGUCUCAGUAUAAUCUAGGAACAGUUUUUUUUAUAAUGGUGAUCUGAUCUUAGUCAACCUAAACUACACAGAGAACUCUGCAGGUUCGAGCUGAACGCCGCCUGCAGUGCGCUUUGCAUGCUGGGACGUGGAGGACUGAAAUAUGGCAGCAAACCGGAGAACCGAUCAAGUCUGACUUAGACUAAAAACAAAGUACGUUGCCUUGUUGAUUUUUGGAGCGUCUUCUUCCUGUUUGCUGUCACGCCUCCCCAGACUCAUCCAACCAAUGAGAGGAGAGAACACUCCCACCUGACUUUUAGUUCAGCUUCAUUCUGAUUUAUGUAUCUCUGUGAAAAGAAUCCAAACACAAUGAGUUCACCGACAGAUUCAGGUCAGAGCAAACAGCUUGCUCUCAUCCCACCUCCUCACAUACCGCUGUGUGGUCAUGUGAUGCGUCAGGUGUCCUCCAGCGUCUGGUGGCAAUGUUCAGGGACGCCACGUCCGUUAAUGCCUGUUACACGCACCGGUCAAAUAAACCUCCGUUUCCACAGUAAAGUGGUUUGAUGCAAACAGUCUGUUUCAAAAUAAAAUCAGCGCCGGUAAAACACCUUGUUUAUUUCCUCAUGCAACUAAAACAGGUGGUUCGGUUAAGGUUUAGACAAAAACGUCAUCUGUUGAUUGGCUGCUGGGCACAUCAGCACUGUGACAGGUGCCUUUCUGCCUCGGAGCCUGACGCAGAGUUCACUGACAUGACGGCAGUAUGUGAGGAGGUGGGAUGAGAACUCAGCGAAGGUUUGAAAACAGGUUGUCACGCUUCCAGCUCAUCUGUUGCCUUAUGACUGUGUCAAGUUGUUUUUCGCUGCAGAUGCAUUCUGGACGUUCAGGGCUAUUAUGCAGGACCACAACACACGUCCAGAACCAGACCUGAACAAAACCAGUUCAGACGGCCCUCAUCCAGUUUCACACAGACUGAAACCAGUUUAAAACCAAACUGAGCUGAGUUUCUGCUGCUGUCCAUGUUUCACCUGACGCACCUGGACGUCAGUCGGUCUGUAGACGAGCAUCACGCCGUCACUUCUUCAGAGAUGUUAAAUUGUGGACCUGAACACGGCGCUGGACUCAGGAGGUCCUGCUGGACAGAAACGUUUGGCCUUUAAAUGAUGUCAUCACCUGGUCAGCUGUGUGCUCUGAGGCGUCGUCAGGUGGUUUUGUUGCUCUGAAACUUUUCUCACUGAUGUUCAGUUGAACUCCAGCCUUUGUCAAGCUCUUAAUAAACCAAGUGAAUUUCUGUUUGUCA